UUUAUUCUUCUCUUGGUUGAUGAAUUAGAGCUACCUUUUAAGUUGAUACAUUUAAUACAGUACAUUUAAUACAGUUAAGGGAAGGGUCCCCUUCCAAGAAAAUGUAUAAAUAAAAUAUGUUUCAAAUCAGUUUGUGAAGAAACUUUGUUUCCUAGGUAUGCAAAGAAGCCUUUUCACCCAGAUGUGAAAUAAUAAUUGUAGAGAUAAUAUGGAUCAGUCCGGAGUUCUCCUCUGGGUGAAAGCAGAACCCUUUAUAGUGGGUGCCUUACAGGUCCCCCCUCCAUCCAAGUUUAGUCUUCACUAUCUCAGGAAGAUAUCCACCUAUGUGCGAACUCGGGCCACAGAGGGAGCUUAUCCACGCCUCUACUGGUCUACAUGGAGGCACAUUGCAUGUGGGAAGCUACAGUUGGCUAAGGACCUGGCGUGGCUUUACUUCGAAAUAUUUGAUAGUCUUUCGAUGAAGACACCUGAGAAACGGCUGGAAUGGUCUGAGGUUCUCUCCAACUGCACGUCUGAGGAUGAAGUUGAAAAGCAGAGAAAUCAGCUUUCAGUGGACACCCUACAGUUUCUGCUCUUCUUAUACAUUCAGCAGCUAAAUAAGGUCUCCUUGAGGACAUCUUUGAUUGGAGAAGAAUGGCCUAGUCCCAGAAACAGAUCUCAGUCUCCUGACCUGACUGAAAAGUCCAGUUGUCAUAUUGAAGGGACAACCAAGAGAGCCAAGAUUGCUUGUAAUACUCAUGUGGCCCCGAGGAUGCAUGGCAUGGUGGUGAUGAGCCAGGUCUACAAGCAGACAUUGGCCAAGAGCUCAGAUACUCUGGUGGGGGCACAUGUCAAGAUUCAUCGUUGUAACGAAUCUUUUAUUUAUCUGCUCUCUCCCUUACGAUCUGUGACAAUUGAGAAGUGCAGGAACAGCACCUUUGUCCUGGGCCCUGUAGAGACUAGUCUUCACCUCUACAACUGUGACAAUGUUAAAGUCAUUGCUGUUUGCCAUCGUUUGUCUGUCUCUUCUACCACAAGUUGCAUCUUUCACAUUCUGACACCUACACGUCCACUUAUUCUCUCUAGGAACCAGACAGUAACAUUUGCCCCCUUUCAUACCCAUUACCCAAUGCUAGAGGACCAUAUGGCCAGGGCAGGCCUUGCUACAGUGCCUAACUAUUGGGACAAUCCGAUGGUUGUAUGCAGAGAGAACAGUGACACUAGUGUCUUCCGGCUCUUACCACCUUGUGAAUUCUAUGUAUUUAUUAUACCCUUUGAAAUGGAAGGGGACACCACAGAGAUCCCUGGGGGCCUUCCAUCUGCGUAUCAGAAGGCACUUGGACAAAGAGAGCAGAAGAUCCAAAUCUGGCAGAAAACUGUGAAGGAGGCUCGCUUGACAAAGGAUCAAAGGAAGCAGUUCCAGGUACUUGUAGAGAACAAGUUUUAUGAAUGGCUGAUUAAUACAGGACAUCGCCAACAGCUGGACAGCCUUGUCCCUCCUGCGGCAGGCUCCAAACAAGCAGCAGGAUAGGGACCCUACGUCAAAACACUGGGCUCUGGAAACACAAGGAUGAAUGGAGGGUGGUGCUCAACUGAAUCAAGAAGGCGCUCUUGCUAUUUAAGAGAUAUUGGGACUUCUUCUUCCUAUUUGGGACCUUUCUUUGAUUUUCCUUCCAUAUUUAUUACUGUUUAGGUUGAACUUUAGCUAAACUUUUGACUUUCAUGUAAAGAUAUUAUUUAUAGAAUAUCAGAAGACCCAUCUUUUUGAUGCCAAAGUGAAAAAGUUGA